CCAGCUUGUUGGGCGGGCAAUGGCUAAAAGGCCCUUAGUGGGUGAUGGUAAAUCUGAGAGAGAGACAUUUUUCUCCUGUUGCUGAGUGCCAACCUUUUCCCCCCGUACUACAUGCCCAUGGCCAAGAGUCCUCUGCCCCACAGGAAACUGGUAGAAGAAGAAACACGGUUGGUGCUGGAAGCAUUUCUGGAAAGGGCUGUCCACAAUGGAGGGGCAGGAGCCCUAGGCCAUGUUGGCCGUGGCUACCAUGACUUCCAAAGUUACAUGUACAGACCUCCAAAUGAACAUGCUCAACAUUGCCCAGCAUGGACUGCUGUCCAUGAGGAAAUUAACCGUGUGGAGGAGAAAAAACAUGGCUUCCACACCAGCUUCAAGCGCUUGUUGCGGCGUCGACCCAGCCCACAAAAAAACCCUGACAACCUGCCUGCUCCCAAGGACUCCUUAAAGCGGCCCAAGGCAGGAGGUGAAGCUGGAGAGAAGGCCCGCCAGAAACGCAGUUUCUCCUUCAAGAAUCUCCUGAAGAAGAAAGGAGCCACCUCCAUGGAGACAGAGAGCUCCCUUGCUUUACCCCAGCGUCCAAACACUUUGCCUCUUGCCCACUGCUACUGUAGAAAUCAACCAGCAGAACAACAGGAAGGCCAGGCAACUGAUACUGAUGCUGAGGGUGCUGAGUUUUACACACUGGUGGCCCAGAAACUGGACCAUUUGGUGAAACAGCAACAGUUGAUCAGCCCUGCGGCAGCGAAAAGUUUACCUUCUUCCAAGCAUCAGAUCAACAAGCUUCCCACAGACGCACUAUCCAGUACACAAGUUUCUUGGAAUUUCUUUCUGCUCACAGUUAAUUCAGAGGAGCUGCCAGGGGUACUGGAUGAGAAACAGAAAGAGCAAAUCCUCCAGAGGCUGAUUGCAAUCCUUGAAGAGCAGGCUGGAGUUAUCAAUGAGAAGAUUGAGGUGGACCCAUUUCUACGCAACUCCAUCUCCCGCCUUUCAUAUGGCAGCUUCUCUCGCCUGGCUGAGGCCUUCACCUCACGUGCCCCACCUGGUGUUUCCAGCCCCCAGCUGGCCAAGCUGGCUCUCACCAUGGAGCUCACACGAAAAGUGGCUGGCAUCAACAGCCAUGCAGUCCACACCCUCAUGGGCUAUAGCCUGCAGUAUAUGGACAUGUUUAUACCUUGGUUGCAGCAGCAAGGUGGCUGGGAGAACAUUGUAGCCCAGGAUGAGAUAUUUGACCUGCAGCUUGACUAGCCCUCGGCCAAUUGUCUUAUGACUGGGAUAGAGAAGAGAGUAUGUUCUUGGAAGUUUUUUUCUGAAAAGAAAUUACUGCUGGUGGAGCUGGUAGCCUUUUUAAAGAAUUCCUCAAGGGAAAAAAAAUCCAUAUCCAUCUUCUCCAGCUUCCAAGGUAAAGACCAGAUAAGGAAGACACCUUGGUUCUAGGAACAAUGGAUGGAGUUUGGCUUUUACUCUACUCUUAGGAUCAAGAAAUCAACAUUUUGGUUGAGACAUCAACAAUAACACAAAUACAUGUUGUAUUUAUAUGGCAUUCCUUUUUUCUGGAGAAUUUGGAGUUUUGUUUUUAAAUAUGACACUUUAAAUAGAUGGAGGAAAAGGGAACAGGCCAACAAGCUGGUUCAAAUUCUACUUGGCUGCUGUAGAAAAUGACUUGUUAGAUGUACUCUAUUCUCUGCAACAGAAUUCCCCAGUCAGAUGCCCUCUAUAUAUUUGAACUGCUAUUUCCUCUGACCAUUGGCCAUGCUAGCCUAUCUAAUGUUAGUUUUAUUUCAAAUGAUCUGGUGUACCUCAGGUUGGAAAAAGCUGCACAAAUUUUAAAAGUUCUGUGCAAAAUGAAACAAUUGCUGAGAUUUCUAGGAUUAAUAGGAGGAAUAUAGUGCCCCCCGAAAGUUAAAAUUUCUUUGCUUUUUACCUGAUAAUUCAAAACACUGCGAUACGGUGCUAUGCAACUAUGUAAGUGAUAUCAAUGUGCCACUUUAUUCUCAAGCAAAUGUGCAUAGGAGUGUAACCUAAAGAGCCCUAAAAGAUGGCUUGUUCUGUCAUAUAUAUGUUUGGUAAUUGAGAGUUUACUUAGAAGCUGUUUUAUGGAUUCCCUGCUGUUGGAGGUCAGAUAAGCAGUGGCUCAAAGCAGUGCCUUUCUGCUGACUUUAUUUUAUCAGAGCCAAGUGGAGUUCUUGUUUUCCUAAACUUUUUAAAAGAGGAGUCUUCAAUGUUAGCUCUGAUUGUAAUAUUUGAAUUUUUUUUUGUUCUGCUGUUUUUAUAAUUAUUUAUUUGUAUGUGUGGUUUUAUUACUUGUUAAUUUUCUUAGGUUAUGGGAGAUUUUUAGAGUUUGAAGAGUGGAAUCAGAAUACAUGGAAAAUGUAUCCUAUACACCUUCUAGGUGAAUAUAUAUAUGCUCUGAAAAUAAUUUAACUCUCAAACUCAGGGAUGUGGGAGUGUUUCUGUGAAAUGCCGAGAGCUACUCUGAAGCACUGAUUAUUUUAAAAUAAAAAUUGUCAGUCUCAAAAA